AUGUCACCCGAGAAGAUGGACGCUAGGACUUGGUAUUUUAUAUUGAGCUUGAUUCAACCACCAAGGAAGGGACGGUCCAAUCCUAUAGGAAACAUUAUCGCGACUAUCGAGGAGGCAGAUUUGCCAAAGUUUCAUGAAUUAUGCUUUGCAGCGACUGAACCACUGCCGCAGCAAAGGCAUCUAAACCGCCUGGGCCUUCGCGCCAUGAUGCCUGCGCGAUGGAAGCAAGAACCAAGGGAGUGGUUGCUGUUGAUUUGGGAUAGGGCCUUUGAAGAGGGGAUAUUCAAGCCUCUUGACGUCUAG